AGAAAAAUGGUACGCAAUUGAAUAAUUGGUACCCUUUAUUGCGUUUUCGUAUUUUCCUUUCGCAUCUGAUUCGCAUCUAAUUCGCAAAUCUGGCAUCACCGCAUUCUGUAAUUCGAAAGCGUAUGUCAAAAUCGUUCGUAAAGCUCAAAUAACUUGCGCUUACAAAAUAUCAAACGCAAAGGAAACGAAUCAUGUAAGUAAGCACAAAUAAAUGUUUAUAUUUAUAUCUAAAUUGUUAUUUUUUAGGGAAAAGCCGAAAAAGUUGCAGACUCAGCAACGCCAGUUCGAAAUCCUAGUUGAUUUUAUGGAGCAACAUAGCGAUUUGGCAAAGGGACAGUUGCAGUGUGGAAAUGCCAAACAACGCGCCAACAAUUUGUGGACAAAAUUGGCAGACGACCUUAAUUCUAAUGGACCUCCUGUAAGGGAUGUAGCUGGUUGGAAAAAAGUUUGGUCUGACCUAAAAACCCACACGAAGGUUAAGAUGCGCAAGAAUAAAAUUAGCAUUUCCAGCACGGGUGGUGGUGUCUCACAAUAUUGCCCACUUUCUUCUAUGGAGGAACAAAUCAUAAAUCUUCUUCAAAUGGAAGAAGCCGUCAAUGGACGGGCAACAUCAACAUACUUUGGCACAAGUAGUAACGUUAGUCACGAUGUUUCAGCAAACAAAGAGCCUGCAGAAGAAGUUUUAUUAUCUUCGCAAAAUGAAAAUUACAGUUUAAGUGAAUCAGCGCCCGCUGACAAACGUAGCUGUUUGGAUGACAGUUUUAAGACAGCCAAACGUUCGCGGCUGUCAAAACAAAACGACCGUGAUAUUCUGCUAAAAACUCAAGUAGAAAACCAAGGAAUAUUUCACAAUGAAUCCACUAAAGUUUUGGGCGAUGUUCGGGAUUCCUUGAAAGAAUUAGUAAGAUAUAAUAGAAAAAAAGUUGAAUUAAAGGAAAGAAAACUAACAUUUUGCAAAAAAAAAUUUGAAUUUAAAAAAGAAUACAAGCUCCAAAAACAAAAAACGCAAAUAGAAAAGCUAGAAUUAAAAAAGAAAAUUUUAGAAUUAGAAAUAGGAAAACCGAUGUGAUAUUUUUACAUAUGUAUUUAUAUAUGUAUGUACAUAUCAGUCGACUUUUGUAUUUUAUAAUUUCGUUAUUUUUAUGUUAAUCGUUAUUUUUUGUCUAAUGAGAUUUGUACUGAAGUUAAAGAUCUCAAAAUCGCCAUAAAGAAGCUUUAAAACUUUACAUUAUAAGUUUUUA